AUGUCGGCUGAGGAAGCAGAAGAGGGUGAGCAGUCGGGGACGGACAGCCAUGUUUGGGUUGGACUUCUGAGCCAGGAUGUUGCUGAUACGGUAACCUUUAGUGGUUCUGCCGACUCUUGCGACAUCGUCUUCCUUGGCCCCGAAGGCCAGCCUAUCCUUCCUUAUGCCACUGGGUUGGUUCAAGCGGCGGAUGCUCAGUUCAACUUCGUUUCCGCUCAGUCCGGGGCCGACCGUGUCGAGACUCGCCUCCGAGCCAUUGAAGAUUCGUUGGCUCGCCUUUCGCUUUUCAUGGAAGGUGGAGCUGCACCUGCACAGGCAGCUCAGGCCAAGGUCAAGGCAGGGCGUCAGGGCCAGGAUCUAGGUUCGCGGCCCAAGGCUAAGGCCAAGCAUCCCGAAAGAUCCGUCCCAGGCACGCCGCGGCCUACGGGGGCUGCCAGGGAUCUCCCAGGUCUUGAUCCCGCAGUGCUGAAGUCAGCUCUGGAUUCGGGCAUAGGCAAGAAGGAGUUAGCGGAGAUCCAAGGUGUGAUUCUGCAGCAGAGGCCGCGCAUGAGUGACUUCGGCCCCGUCAAAGGAGCAGGCGCUGCGGCUGACAGCCUCGCCCCGCCUGGUGGGGAGUCGCCUCGGAGCUCUCUGGGGGAAGAAGCCCAUUCGGUUGAUGGAGCGGGUCCUGCUCAUCUGGAGGCUGCGGUUGUUGCUCUGACAAAGAUCGUAGGCGAGCUCGCCAAGGGAAAGCGGGGCGCUGGUGACAAGCAAGGUGGUCUUGAGGCGGCUUUGGACAGAGCCGAGGGCAUUGGGAGCGGGUCUUCGGAGUUUCCGGGUUCUACGGGUAGCCGCUCUAAAACUGCAGCCUUCCGGCUUUUGCAGAAUGCCGUGAAGAAUGAGCCUGAGACGAUCUACGGCUCUAUUGAGCGCCUCCUCUCCGAAGACCUCCUUCACUCGCGGGAAGGCACCGAUCUUGCAUCCAGCCAUGUGGUGGACACGUACCACACGCGCCUGCUUGACCCACGGUGGGCUGAGCUCUGCCUGCGCCGAGUACCGGCCGACAAGGGCGACAAGGGUGGAGGCAGAGGAGGCAAGGGAGACAAAGGAGAGAAAGGGUCUUUCUACUUCGCGCCCACACUCAGCUCCGUAGCUGCUCCGGGUCGUGGUUGGGCUCGCGUUUCCGAGGUUCUUCAGCUUUGGGAUGGGCUCGCCCCUGUCACUGCGGAAAGUAUGGGCCGGACGGCUACUAAGGUGGAGAAGGUGGAAGCUCAGAUUGCUGCACUUUUCGAGGCCGACCUCGCGUCUUCGUGUGCAGCGAUGCCGGGCAUGCACCUUGCUAAGGAUGUGGAGGUGGAGCGCCUCAGCAUUCCUUCUUCUCCUCCUCUGUUCGACCCCUGCCCUCUGUUGGACAAAACUCUGCGGGAGCUUUUCUUGCAUGCCUCGCGCUACGUGAUCCGGGUUGAGGAAGCCUCCGAGGUGCCUCCGAGGGUGACGUUCCGCGCGCCUACAAAACGUGCCCGUUUGGACUUUUUGGCGGCCCUGGACAAGUCUGGAGAAGAUGUUAGGGAUUAUUACCACCAGUUCCGUGUGAGCGACGACCGCUCAGCCUUGUAUCGCUUCGAAGGUGUUUUCAAGCCUGGGGACCUUGCUCAUUUGCCUUCCUUCCGUCGCGAGAUGUGGGGCUGGAGCGGGUUAGCCGUGGCUCUUGGCACCAUGGCCAUGGGCGAUAAAAACAGCGUGGCGCUGGGUCAAGCCAGCCAUGCAGGGCUUGUGUUGGACCGUUUGGGGCUUGGUGUUGAGCAUUUCCUUUGCAUAAGGGGCCGCGUUCCUCGAAGCCCGGUCAUGGUCGGUGUUCUCAUUGACGACUUAGUGCUCCUUGAGAAGGCCCUGCGAGGCGAUGCCUUCAACCCUGCAGACUGCCGCAGCCCCCGUUUGGUUGAAACCCUGCACGCUGCUUACUCGCAGGUUUUUCUCCCGCGGCACGAGAAGAAGGCUUUUCACUUGACUACUGAAGCCUCCUUCUGGGGAGCCGACCUCCUGGGUGAGCGAGGUUUGGUUCGGCCUUCCUGGACGCGGCUUGUGCCUUUGGUGAGUCUCUCCUUGGCUGUACUGGAGCUGCCGGCCGUGUCGGUCUCUCUCCUCGAGAUACUGGCCGGCUCUUGGGUCGCCGCGUUCUCUUUCAGGCGCCGUGCACUGUGUUUGCUCGAGGACGUGUACCGCUUGCAGCGCGGGCGGGGCCGCUCGGACUUGCUUGUGCCGCCUACUUCUUUUCGGGCCGAAGUUUUCCGCUGGUGCGCUCUGGCACCCCUCGUCCGAGUCCGAACGGACUUGCGCGCCCUUUCCUCCGGUUUUCUGGUCGCCAGUAAUGCUUCAGACAGCUUGGGAUCCUUUGUUUCCACCUCCGUCAGCCCGACCCUGACAAGGGAACUGCUUCGCCACGUUCCAGCGAAAGGCCUGUGGUCAAAGCUUCUAGCCCCGGUGGACGCCUACCUCCGCACACGAGGGCUGCUCGAGCCUACGGCGGAGUUGCCAGCUGAAGGGUACUCGACACAUCCGGUUUUCACGACGGUGGCUCGGUGCCUGCGAUUCCGCUCUCGCGCGGUUUUCAAGCGGAGGAGGCGAGAUCACAUUAACAUAAAAGAACUGGAUUCGUAUCUGUCCGCCGAAGAGGCCUAUGCACCAACGGUGUGGGAAAGCAGCCGCAGCCUUGGAAUGUUAGAUUCCCAAGUGUGCAUCGGCGCCCUGCUGAAGGGAGACAAUCCGGCCGACGACCCGACACGAUCGCGGCCUUUGCGCUCCCCUACCAUGAGUGAGCCUGCCUGGUUCCGAUUGGCCGAAGGAGGUCUCUGGGAUUUGGAGGCUAGCUUCUCGCAGCGUGACCGUGUAGCCCUUGACGACGGCGGUAGUUCCCUUACGAAGAAAGCUUCUGAGUGCCCGGGGAAGCUGCCGUUGCGACAGUUCCUUUGGCCGUCGGGGCAUCGUCCUCGGAAGGGUGCCUCUCUGCCUGGCCCUGGAUAUCUCAGCCUGUAUGCCGGGGACCGGGAAGAUGCUAAAGCUGCCGUUGGGUCGGGCUUCGCAUGGGCUUUGACCUUUGAUGCUGCCCAUGGCCCUGAUCAGGACCUUGGUUGCCCCGAGCUCCAGGAGAAGGUUCUGAGUCUCGUCGAGAGCGGUGCCUUCCUCGCUGUUGGCAUCGGCUUUAGCUGCCCUAGCUUUUCCACCGCGAUGCAACCUGCUUGGCGCAGUAGCGCGCAUCCCGAAGGUCUGCCUGACCUCGCGCCUCAUGCUGAGGCUAAGAUCGCCCACGGCAACCUGCACUGCUCGUUCGUCGUUCGUUUAGUGGGUUCCCUAGUGAGGUCGGGGAUUCCUUUCUGGCUUCUGGGACCUGAGACGAGUUGGCGUUGGAGGCAGAGAGGCUUUGAGGAUCUUUUGCGAGAUGGAGGCGAGCUGGGUUUCUGGACUAUCGACUAUUGCCGCUUUGUUGGCGGACGGUCACUGGAUCGCCGCUUGAGCUGGACCCAGGUUGCUUCUCGCCUCCCGCGAGCGCUUUGUGACAGGCUCGUGACUGCCCUCCUGAAGAAAUGCAACGCGGAGCGCGGGGGCAUCAGUGCUUGCGUUCGGGACCCGAGCCCUUGCGUUGGCCAAGCUGCCAAUCCGGGGCCGGCGCGGCUUACGAAGCCUCGUCGCGGCUCCCUUUUCGACGUCGAGCUCGUGGACCCGAGGACUAUAGCUCUGCGCACACGUGUGUGGGACCCCUUCAUUGGGUGGCUUCGCGAGAGGCUCUCCGAUGAAGCUGUCCUUGGGGUCUUCAGGUGCCCCACUCUUCUGGCUUUGGUCUUGAGGUCCUACUCCGACGAGCUCUACAAGGUGGGGGCUCCCCUGGGAAACUACCGACAGUUGCUGGCGCACGCGCAAAAGAUUGUGAUACUCAAAGCCAUGGUGGGGCUUGCCCUGGCUUUUGGGUGGCGCCGUUGGUCGGGCGUCACACUAGCUACUUUCUACUGUGUGGCCCGGCCGGGCGAGCUUCUGACAGCACGGCGACGACAGGUUCUGACACCUUCUGACAUGCUCGACGAGGCCCACCCGUGGUUGUAUGUCAAGAUCGACAAGCCAAAGAGUAGGCGGAAGGCUGCUCGAAUACAGCACACCAAGCUGCGGGAUCCGGGAGCUCUGGCGUUCCUCGUGGGCCUCUGGGGCAAACUGCCUCGAAACGAGCUGCUCUACCCCGGGAGUCCUUCAGUUUACAGACGACGUUGGGACAGGCUUUUGCAGCUUCUGGGAGUGCCAAAGGAGCUGAAGCUGACCCCGGGGUCCCUUCGCAGCGGUGGUGCCGUUACAGCCUUUCAGCAAGGCGUCUCAGUGAGCGAGCUGCUUUGGCGCAUGCGACUGCGAUCCCUCUCGACGCUGGAGUUCUACUUGCAAGAGACGGCGGCGAUGUCUGUGUUGCCGGAUCUGUCGACCCGUACGCGUCGGCGGCUCCUGGCAGCCGCCUCCAUCUAUGAUUCGAUCGUCGCCGAUCUCCUUACGCAAGCUUCCGAGCGCGCUUCGCGGCCCUAG